AUGAGGCGGCCACAGAGAUCUGUGCACCGUCUGCCGCACCAGUUGCAGCACGCGAACGGCAUGAACGCCAUAUCGAGCCAACAAGCGGCCCAACGCGCAUUGGCUGCGCGAAGACAACAUGACGCAACAGUGAAGGAACGCAACGCGGUUGCGAUGAGACGAAGCCAAGAAGAUUCGAAAGCUGCCGACUUGGAGCUCCUAGAGAACGGAGUGCCAUCACCAUCCAACCGCAGCAGCAUGUGCUCUGAGAUCGUCCGCAUCGAACAGAUGGCAAGUGACCAGGAGUCACAGGCCGACACAAAAUUUGCAAAAUACAUCAACAGAAUCAGGGGCCUUAAAAAAUGGGCACUGCGACAGAAGAAGCCGAAAGAGCCCGACCGACCAGACUCCUUCCUGGAAAAAUUCGCAAUGGGCCAAAUGGGAGAUGAUGCCGCAGAUGUUCCAAAAGAGCAACAAACUAAGCAAAGCUUCUUCCAGAAGCACAAGCAGGCGUUCGUCGUUGAUCCGUCGGAAAAAUUCCAUUACCGGUGGCUGUCCGUCAUUAGUGCUGCCGUGCUCUACAAUGUCCUUGUCAUCGUGGGUAGGAGUGUCUUCUGGGAACUUCACAAUGCCAUGCCUGUUGCUUGGUAUGUCGUUGAUUACAUCAGUGACGGUAUCUACCUUCUAGACAUGCUCCUGCACGCCAGGACAGGUUACCUCGAACAAGGCCUUUUGGUACGCAACACACGCAAGUUGCUGCUGAACUACACAUCAUCACUGCAUUUCAAGCUGGACAUCCUUAGCUUGCUCCCUACUGAUAUUUCUUACUUUUUCUUCGGCGUCGAGUGUCAUGUGAAAGUUCCGUGUGUCGUCAUUGUUCGUCUUAACCGCCUAUUCAGGGCCUACCGCAUGCAAGAAUUCUCAGACAGGACUGAAGCUCGAACGAACUUUCCAUAUGCCUUUCGAAUCGGUAAGCUCAUCUUCUUAAUACUGGUGAUAAUCCACUGGAACGCGUGCCUCUACUUUGCCGUUAGCUAUGCCAUAGGCUUCGGCACCGACAAUUGGGUCUACAGGAACAUCAGCAUACCGGAGUACAGCACUCUGAGACAUCAGUACAUUUACAGCUUCUACUGGUCCACGUUAACACUGACUACGAUUGGUGAAGUGCCUAUUCCUGAAAAGGAUGCGGAAUACCUGUUCGUCGUAAUUGACUUCUUGGUUGGUGUGCUCAUUUUUGCCACUAUCGUCGGCAACGUGGGUAGCAUGAUCACCAACAUGAACGCCGCCAGGGCUGACUUUCAGCAUCGCAUGGACAGUGUGAAACAGUACAUGGAGUUUCGUAAAGUUAGCAAGGAACUAGAGAACAGGGUCAUUAAGUGGUUCGACUAUCUUUGGACAAACAAACAGUCUUUAGAUGAAGAUAAGAUAACGUCGAUGCUGCCUGAUAAGCUGAAAGCUGAGAUAGCCAUUCACGUGCAUUUAGACACGCUGAAGCGCGUGAGACUUUUUCAGGACUGUGAACCAGGACUUCUGGUCCAGCUGGUGCUGAAACUGAGACUUCAGGUAUUCAGUCCCGGUGACUACAUCUGUCGGAAGGGGGAUGUCGGCAAAGAAAUGUACAUCGUAAAGCGCGGUAAGCUAAGCGUUGUCGGCGACGACGGUCGUACUGUGUUCGCUACCUUGAGUGAUGGCAGCGUCUUUGGUGAACUUAGUAUUUUGAACAUUUCCGGGAAUAAGACAGGCAACAGACGAACUGCAAACGUGAGGAGUGUUGGUUACUCUGACCUGUUCUGCCUUUCUAAGGAGGACUUGUGGAUCGUGCUAGAAGAGUAUGCAGAAGCCAAGAAGAUGCUGAUUGAAAGAGGCCGAGAGAUACUGCGUCGAGACGGACUCUUAGAUGACAAUGCUAUAAAAGCUGCGGAGAAGGAACAGGAAGAUUUGAGGAACAUGUGUGAAAGGCUAGAGAAGUGUCUGGACAACGUGCAGACAAGACUAGCCAGGCUUUUGGCCGAGUACGCAGCGUUCCAGCAGAAAAUGAAGCAGCGAAUCACGAAGCUGGAAGGCAAACUCGAUUCGGAGGUGGAAAACAUACCUACCAGUUUUGAUGAGGAUGAUGACCCAGUGAGCCAUCGUCGACAGUCUUACUACGGGGUCAGAGAGCAGCGGCGUGAUAGUUAG